CGAAGGUGGAUGGUCACGAAUCGCGAAACCAAAAUUUCAUUUCAUAAUGGUUUCGAAGGACGGGUGGAAUGUCAGAGAUCAGGUCUUUUAGGAUAUGUCUUGAAUUAUUCUUGGGUUUUAGCUACAUGGGCACAGUACAGGGCCAUGCUGUAUGGAGGAAGUUUGUGGUUUCAGUGUUAUAUAAAAUACAAGCAAAAAUAUAAGAGCUCUGGUUUCUUCUUUCACAUCCACUUUUUACGUGGUGCAGAGGAGGGCUUAAAUCGCAACCUCAACAGUCGCUUUAGAUUAAGCAGAUUUGAGAAUCAUGUUUCUUUAGUAAUUUAGCUGAAUAGCUGCCUUAGUUUGCCACGUGUGUGGUUGUGAAUAUCAGUUUCCAAGACUCCUGAAGAGUUCAUUGGGACUGUAACAGAAGAGGCUGAACAGCCAAUUUCUACUAGCUUGAGGAUCCUCGCUGGAUUGUUCAUCCAUUUUGAGAGGAGGGUACGAGGCAGCAGUAAGAAUUUCACUGCUUCACACCCACCUGAGCCCUUAAUCCAUGGCUGCCACGGUUUCAACCAUUGGAGCUGUUAAUAGAAUAACGUUAAACAACAGUAACUAUGGGGGUUUAGUGCCGAACUCUGCUUUUUUGGGCAGCACGUUGAAGAAGGCUAGUUCCAGAUUCACCACCCCAAAUAUGGUGACUGGAAACUUCAAGAUUGUUGCUGAGGACGAUGAGGAGAAGCAGACCGAGAAAGACAGAUGGCGAGGCCUUGCUUUCGAUACUUCUGAUGACCAACAAGACAUUACCAGAGGAAAGGGACUGGCGGAUUCUCUUUUCCAAGCUCCCAUGGGGACAGGAACUCACUAUGCUGUCAUGAGUUCAUAUGAAUAUGUUAGUGCUGGACUUCGACAAUACAAUUUCGACAAUAAUGUGGAUGGAUUUUACAUAGCUCCAGCUUUCAUGGACAAACUUAUGGUUCAUAUUGUCAAGAACUUCAUGAGCCUGCCGAACAUUAAGGUUCCUCUCAUUCUGGGUAUUUGGGGAGGCAAAGGUCAAGGGAAGUCUUUCCAGUGUGAGCUUGUCUUUUCCAAGAUGGGAAUCAACCCUAUCAUGAUGAGUGCUGGGGAAUUGGAAAGUGGGAAUGCAGGAGAGCCUGCAAAAUUGAUCAGGCAAAGAUAUAGAGAGGCGGCUGAUAUCAUCAAGAAAGGGAAAAUGUGCUGCCUUUUUAUCAAUGAUCUUGAUGCUGGAGCUGGAAGGUUUGGUGGGACCACUCAAUACACAGUGAAUAACCAGAUGGUAAAUGCUACUCUUAUGAACAUUGCUGACAACCCAACCAAUGUGCAGCUACCAGGCUUAUAUAACAAAGAAGAAAAUCCUCGAGUUCCAAUCAUAGUAACUGGUAAUGACUUCUCGACAUUAUAUGCCCCCCUCAUCCGUGAUGGUCGUAUGGACAAGUUCUAUUGGGCUCCGACUCGAGACGACCGUAUCGGUAUCUGUACUGGAAUAUUUAGGACCGAUGGUGUGUCUAAGGAGGACAUUGUCAAACUUGUUGACACCGUCCCAGGGCAGUCAAUCGACUUCUUUGGUGCUGUGAGAGCUCGAGUUUAUGAUGAUGAAGUUAGAAAGUGGGCAGCGGGAGUUGGAGUGGAGAGCAUUGGAAAAAAGCUUGUUAACUCAAAGGAAGGUCCCCCAACAUUUGACCAACCUAAAAUGACACUCGAAAAGCUGCUCGAAUAUGGCAACAUGCUCAUCCAGGAGCAAGAGAAUGUGAAGAGAGUAAGAUUGGCUGACAAGUAUUUGAAAGAAGCUGCUCUUGGAGAUGCAAAUGAGGAUGCUGUUCAGUCAGACACUUCUUAUGAAGCGGCUGGAAAUGCGAAUGAGGAUGUUGUUCAGUCAGAAACUUCUUAUGAAGCUGUUGGAGAUGUAAAUGGGGAUGCUGUUCAGUCAGAAACUCCUAAUGAAGCUGUUGAAGAUGCGAAUGCGGAUGUUGUUCAGUCAGAGACUUCCAAUGAAGCUGCUCUUGGAGAUGCAAAUGAGGAUGCUGUUCAGUUAGGAACUUCUUAUGAAGCUGCUCUUGGAGAUGUAAAUGAGGAUGCUGUUCAGUUAGAAACUUCUAAUGAAGCUGCUGGAGAUGCAAAAGAAGAUGUUGUUCAGUUAGAAACUUCAAAUGAAUGUGCUGGAGAUGCAAACAAGGGUGAUGUUCAGUCAGGAAUUUCAUAUGAAUCAAUGGAGGAAGAGCAGCGCAACAAGUUAAUAUCACUGUUCCUGAAAGCUGUGCAGAUUCAUCUGCAAAAGACCAUGUCCCAACAGCCAGAAUCCACAACAAAAGCUGCCAGUUUUGACUCUUAGGAAUUUUUUACAUGUACUGAUUAUAUACCAAUGCUUUUUGAUGAAGCAAAUACCAUUAUGCUCCAGUAUUGUACAUUGUUGUUGUAAUAAAACUUCACCGUUAGCUUAA